UUUGGCUUUCAAGCUUGCGUGCCACCAAUGGUGUUUCAACGUCGCUUGCGAAGCAUGGCUGCGGCAAAACCGGUGCUGCGCGGGGUGAUUUUUGAUCUGGACGGCACCUUGACCGUGCCAAACCUGGACUUCCGCUUGAUGCACGCGCGCUGUAACGUCCCGCCCCAUGAGGAUUUGCUCCACGCGGUUGGGCAGAUGAAGGAUGAGGAGAGGCGCCGAGCUGAGGAGAUUAUUGAGGAGAUGGAGCACGAGGGGCGCCGCACCCUGCAAUUGGCGCCGGGCGCCAGCGAGCUGGGCAGGUGGCUGCGGGGCUGGCAGCUCCCCGCGGCCAUCGUGACCCGCAACACACUCACCACGGUGCAGCACCUGCACGAGGGGCUCUGGCAGCGUCUCCCCAAGUUCUGCCCUGCCGUGGGCCGGGAGUUCUUGCCCCACAAGCCCCACCCGGCUGCCAUGGAACUGAUCGCGAAGCAGUGGGGCAUCCCCUUGGGCCCGGAGUUGCUGAUGGUUGGGGACUCUCCCUGCAAUGACAUCGCCUUCGGCAAGGCUGCUGGGGUGUCCACCGCCCUGGUGGAUGCCAACCGUGCGCACCGUGACCGCGACGCCACCUUGGGAGCCGAUUUCGUGGUGGACAGCCUGCAGGAGCUGCCUGGGCUCUUGUGGGAGCACUUCCAGUUGUCAGGCCCCGCCGGCGCCCCAGACGCCGGCGCCAAGGCGCCGCCGGCGCCCCGGACGCCGGCGGCGCGGGCGGCGGCGGAGAACGCGGCGGAGUUGCUGCGGGGCAUGGCGCUGGAGGACUUGGAAGCGCCGGACGAGCUCGGAAAUACCCCGCUGAUUUGGGCGGCGGAUGCUGGCGCCGUGGGCGCUGUGGAGCUUCUGCUGAGCGCGGGGGUGGCUGCCAACGCCAAAGGCUUCUUGGGCAACACGGCGGUCUCCCGCGCCUGUCGCCGUGGACACCUGGAGGUCUUGCGCACCUUGCUGCAGUCCAAAGACCUGGACCUGGACGAGCCCAAUGCGAAGCUGCAGAGCCCCAUGCACUUCGCAGCGUUCAACCAGCACCUGCAGGUGGUGCAGUUGCUUCUGGAGUCGGGUGCCAGCCCCAGCAGUCUCGACCGCAAGGGCCGGACCCCCGCGGAGGACACGAAGGACCCCGCCGUGGCCGCGCUGAUCCGCGCGGCCCAAGCCGGAGAUGGAAAUCCCAAGGCGCAAGGCUGACGCGGGA